AGGUUCCAUCUGUUGAUAUCAUUUAGGUUAAUGGUAGCGGAUGGUUUAGGACAAAUUCUAAGCUAUAAAGAGAAAACAAGAACCUAAAAGAAACUAUGUGCUAUUCGUAUUUAUUUAAAGGUCUUGUACUAGUAGCAAUAUUUAUAGCGAUACCAAGAACAUCUGGACUAAGAUGCCUUUCAUGUCAGUUUGCAAGAAACGUUACUGAUUGUUUCCGGACAGAGGCACAGUGUGAGGAUGGAGAGGAGCAAUGUUAUUUACGGAAAGUGAUGCUCCCAAAUAUGCAGAUUGCUUUCAUAGCAGGUUGCAAAUCUGAUAAGGUAUGCUCGUUUGAUGAACACCAAAUUGGAGAUGGCAAACGACAAAUAGAAUUCUCUCAUGGUCACAUGAUAGAUCUAGUUAUGUGUUCCGAAUGUUGUACUACAGGACCAAACAAAGAUGGCGUACCGUGUAAUGGUUACCUUUGUGGACAACGUCCCACUUUGAACCCUGAUUAUGUCUGGUGUGCUGAAUGUGACAAAACAGAUGAUCCCACAAAGUGCUCAAGAUUUGUUCAGUGUCCAUCAAACGAGGUUUGUUCACAGGACUUGUAUGUAUCAAACCAACAGUUAAUAUAUAGCCUAGGAUGUAGAAGAAAACAGAUUUGUGACAAGACUCACGAGGCAUAUACAGAUACCCAUGGUAGAAAACGUGAUCAUGGAACCAUAAAUAUCUGUUCAUCAUGUUGUAACACCAGGGAGUGUAACCAAGGAGUCUGUAACCUUAUCAGACAAAAUAUACUACUCAACGAAUACGGGAUAACAAAUUAAAGAAAUCGUUGACUUUAAAUGUGUUUAUUGUUAUGGAAGGUUACACUUAAUUCGGCCAUGAUAACUCGA